AUGGUCUACUGCUUCAAUCCUUAUAUCUGGUUUUCCCCUCUGGAACACCGUCACUGGCGGAGAAACCGUAACCACGGACCACCCAAACAGUUUCUUUGUCCCAACAACUGUGGCAGCUCCUUUACCCAUCGCGGCUCCCUGACGCGGCAUCUACGUUACGAGUGUCAGCAGAAUCCUCGCUUCAAGUGUCCGUCUUGCGAUUUCCGCUCGCGAUGGACUUCCGACGUUUAUAAGCACGUGCGUAAACGACACCAAGGCAUUGAUGUUCGUUGCAUCGACACUGAUGUCGCUUUGCGCAAAAUGUGCGGGCUGUCGCAGAAAGGCAAGUUUCUGUGCCCGAAUUGCAGCAGCAGCUUCAACUGGAAGAACAACUUGCAGAGGCACCUCCGAUACGGAUGCCGCCAAGAACCGCGAUUCCGAUGUCCCUAUUGCGCGUAUCGCUCCAGAUGGCUCACCGAUGUUUACAGGCACUCGCGCAAGAUCCACAACAUGGAGCUCCGCAUCGAUCUUCUUCGCUCGAAAUCCAAUUAG